UAUAUAAUUUUGGUUCUCUCUGCAGCUCUGUUCUGUAACUGCACCACACCACAGUGUGUGAAGGAUGGGUAUAAGUGCGAGACCAAGGGUGCGUGUGUGGCCUCCACCUCAGUCAUUGAAGGACAGGAGCAGCAUGUGCGGCUCUGCAUCCAGAAAGAGGACCUGGUUCCUCCGGGCCAGCCAUUCUACUGCCUCAGCGCAGAGGGACUGCUGAACACUCACUGUUGCUACUCUGAUUACUGCAACAGCAUCGACCUCAAACUACCAACCGUGACAAACGCACCGGGUUCAGGGCAGGACUGGGGGCCGGUGGAGCUCACUGCAGUGGUGGCGGGGCCGAUCUUUGUGCUGUGUGUGCUGGUUCUGCUGGGUCUCUUUCUGUUCCAGCGCCGCCAGCGGGCCUACGGUCACCGGCAGAGACUGGAGGUAGAGGAUCCCAGCACUGAACACAUGUUCCUGGCCAAGGACAAGACCUUACAGAACCUCAUCUACGACCUCUCCACUUCAGGAUCUGGGUCUGGUCUGCCGCUGUUUGUCCAGAGGACAGUGGCUCGUACCAUAGUGCUGCAGGAGAUCAUCGGUAAAGGCCGCUUUGGGGAGGUGUGGAGGGGGAAGUGGAGAGGAGGAGACGUCGCUGUGAAGAUCUUCUCCUCUCGUGAGGAGCGCUCCUGGUUUCGUGAAGCUGAAAUCUACCAGACCAUCAUGCCCCGCCACGAGAGCAUCCUUGGCUUCAUUGCUGCCGACAACAAAGAUAAUGGCACCAAACAUAGAGAUCACACACAUAUUGGCCCACUGUUUGAAACAGUCGUGAUGCCUAAAAAUGUUGUGUAUGUGGGAGCGCGUGAGGGUGUGGAACACUUUUCUUCUGUGGUCAGAGAGUUUUUACUAGAUGCGUGUGUAUCUGUAAUGGUUCUGUCUUUGUCAUCAGGGAAGCCUGGCAUCGCUCACCGUGACCUGAAGUCCAAGAACAUCCUGGUGAAGAAAAACUGCAUGUGUGCAAUCGCUGAUCUCGGCCUGGCGGUUCGUCACGAGUCCAUCACUGACACCAUCGAUAUCGCCCCCAACCAGCGCGUCGGCACUAAGAGGUACAUGGCACCUGAGGUUCUGGAAGAGACUAUUAACAUGCGUCACUUCGACUCGUUUAAAUGCGCUGACAUCUACGCUCUGGGACUCGUGUACUGGGAGAUCGCUCGCCGCUGCAAUGCUGGAGGUAUUCAUGAAGAGUACCAGCUGCCCUACUAUGACCUGGUGCCCUCUGACCCAUCCAUAGAGGAGAUGAGGAAAGUGGUGUGUGAUCAGAGGUUACGACCCAACAUCCCCAACUGGUGGCAGAGCUAUGAGGCGUUGCGUGUGAUGGGGAAGAUCAUGCGGGAGUGCUGGUACGCUAGCGGCGCUGCGCGACUGACGGCUCUCCGCAUCAAGAAAACCCUGUCUCAGCUCAGCGUGGACGAAGACAUGAAAAUCUGAGCGAAACACUACCUUCUGCCAGAAACACUCCGAGCAAAGAGAACGUGUACAGACAUGCGACCACUCGAAACUAUCCUGCCAGUUCAAAAGUAUUUCCGUCCACUGAGUUGGGACGGGGCCUACCUCACCCCACCGCCAAAACUACUGAACCUACGGUACCCAACAGCCCUCUGUGCUCUCCUCCUCCUCUCUACAUCUACUAUCGCCAAGCUCGCCAAUCAAAAUGCACAUGUGACUCGAUGGAUUCUGAUCAAAUCAGUUUUGCCCCAAAGAUCAUUUUUCCAACCAGAGCCGCUCAUAUUUAAGCAGUUUUGACCGGCUUGUUGCAUCCGCUUAGGUCAGUCUAGCAGACUACCUCGGUUAACUAACUAUGUAGAAUACACAAAGUCCAGUUGAGAGGCGAUAACGGGCGGGUUGAGCUGGUAAGCGCGGUGAACUGGUGCAAGAUGGCACUGCUAGCGCCCGACACGAUCAGCUGAUUCCUUUCAUUGCCACGUCAAAGCUGUUAGCAAAGCAACCUUAUUUGCACUUUAUCCCAGAGGUUUUGUGAGCGUGACGUGGAUUCAUCUUGGUUUUGGAAUCGCUCACUGGCACACGCGUCUAUUCUUACUACUGAACGGUACGGAGAUAUCUAUUUAUUUUAGCUCGUAGAUCCUUCAUAUGUCCUUAUUUUUUUAUCGCCGUUAGAUUUCCUCCUCUCCUCCGUGGGCAAACAAAGCUACUGUAUAUAGUAUAUUUUUAAAAAGUAUGGAAAUGUAAAUAACUUACCCUUUUUUUAAUUUCCAAGUCCGUCGACUAAAGCUAAAGGUUUGAUCGUGUAGGAACAUGAGAGAUGUGAAGCUGUACGGGUCAGCGGAAGCUGUGGCUAAAGUACAGGCUUUUGUUCAACUUUGUUUUUCAUAGCUAAACCUGUCACUGUAGCAUUAAAUGACACUAUAAUGACGCACAUUUUAUUAACCGAGGAGCAUUGGGACUGUUUUGUUUUUUAAGGAAUAUUACAUGCAAACAUAAGAAGGUUCAUCGUUUAUCGUCCUCAUACCGCUCCAAACCCGUAUGACGGAAUUUUUACUGUAAAACACAAAAGGACAUAUUGAGCAGAAUGUGCAAGCUGCACUCAAAAAAUGAUGAAACAUCAC